AUGGAGAAUAUGUCUGGCUGUGAUUGUCUGCACGUACAAAGAGCCUGUACUUUUCCACAUUAUCGCGAAACUAAGAGUUACCCCCAGUUGAUCACCGGCUUUACAACGCUCAUUCGUUGGUUUGGAUCAAGGACAAGUUUGUAUACUGUGGACGAUGCAAAAAUUAACAUCUCUCCAUAUAUUUUUGUUGAAGGAGGCAAACUCAUGAAAGAUGGAUUCCCAAAAUCUCAUCCUUCCAUCAGCCGAAUACACACCACAUUUUCGAACAAUUACCCUGUUUCUCUUUGGAUAGAGGCCAAACGGACUAAAGAAUCCGGCGAGUAUUUGCUACCUUCUCCCCAUUUGUCAAAUUCUUACCAAGCACCUGGAUCGCGGUGA